GCACACGGAGUCAGUCCCUGCCUCUGUUUCCACGGAUGCGAUCACUUGCCAAUUCGCCUCUGGCCGCUGACUGUCUGAAUUUCGUUAUUGUACCUGACCGUUACCUUCCGAUCUUGUUUUUGUCGCAUUUCCGCUUAUUUUUCGCACUCUUUCUGAAGCUCCGACGUAGAAUUUGCCUUAUAUCGUUCGCGGAUCUGCGCCCUCACACUUCAGACGUCGUGUCGAUGCGGUUUCUUGGUGAUGGUUUCGGGAUUGCGCAAUGUUGUAGUAUUUCGUUCGUGGUAGUUGUUUGCGUGAGCAGGUUUGGUUGGUGAUGAGUUUCGGUGGAGGUUUGAGCAGGGUGUGUGAAUUCCGAUUUGUGAUGUGUGGAGAGAGUGGUGAGAAUUUGGUGAGAGUCUUGGAAUUUUGAGUGAGGAGCAGUGUGGAUGUUGGAAGCGGACAAAUUGGCUUGGGUUGGAGAGAGUGGGUGUUUUGUAUCCUGAUUGACCUCUCGGUCUCUGAUAAGACAUGUCAUCGUUUAGAAGGCUUAAAGCGGAGGCAACGCUGCGACUCUACAGCCUGCCCCGUCGUGAGCUUCAAGUGCUGUGCAAGCAGUAUGGUGUCCCUGCGAACAAGACCAAUGUCUCCAUGGCGGACGCUCUCUCCGCGUGUAUACUUUGCGUUGGUUUUGAAUCGGCAGGCUGAGAAUGGGAAAUCCAAAGCGUCAUCAGGCACAAGCUCUCUAGGAGUUUCAAAGAGUACUCCUAUGAAGUUUAAAGUGGAGAAAAAAACAGGAUUGCCCGAGGCAUCAUUGGCGUCGUUCGCUUUGAAUGGCAAGUCAAAGAUCUCGCCUGUGAAGAUCGCUGAGACAGUACUUACGGAUGACAAAAUCGAAGCCAAAUUUCUCCGAUCCACUACAACGCCCUUAAAGCGAGGAAUUAAGAGAUCUGAAAGACCUCUGCAGACUCUAGUCGAGGAGAAAUCAAAGAUCACAGUUGUCCCUGCUUUCACACGAGCUGCCGCAUUUCAGGAAAGACUCGGAAAAGCAGCGCCUGCAGCCACCCAUGGCAAAUUCGGGAAAUCAAUAACGGCAGCGAGCAGUCCCAAGGCACGGGCAUCCACGCCGAGGAAGCGAUCGACAGAGGCAGCAGCCAUUAAGAUUAGAAGGAGCCGAGAUGCUCUUCCAGCUGUCUCUUUCUCUGAUUUUCCUUCUACGCCUAAAUCUUCAGAGUCUCAAGUACCCGAAAUUACGCCGUUGAACUCCACCAGUAGAAGAGCCAUGAAAAUGAAGUCUAGGCUCAGUUCUAGGAUAUCCUCGCACGAAGAAGAGGCCACACUCCCGUUGCCUAAAUUGGCUGGUGGAGCGAAGCAACCAUCAAGGGACAAGAGGGUGGCUUUCGCUGACGAGGCCGAGAUAAACAAAAGUGUACCGGGGGGACCAGAGCCCCAACCUGAACCCGACACAGAGACCAUUGAAGUCUCCUACGCUGAAAUUGAAUUUAAGAAUCCAGCCCUUCACAAAGAACUGUUUGGAUCUCUAAGGAGUGUAACCGUGGAAGAGGAGCAAGUUAUAUCUCCGGCCCCGAGACAGGAAAUUACCCCCCUGAGUCCUCAAAAAACAGGAUUCGAAUUCAAGGACAUGGCUCGGCACAAAGAGCUCUUUGGAUUAUGCCGAAAUUCUGAAAAUAAUUGUGAGGGGUUUGCUGACUCGCUAAUCGACUCGGAACCGGUUGGGAUCUCGAAUUGUGCCACUCGAUGGGUACCAUCAGAGCGUAGUAGUUUCAACGCUUCAUUACUUUCACCCGAACUUCUACAUAACAGUACUACACCAGUACACGAUCGUCCGCUUCUCCCCUGCAUUCGUGAGGGUGCAAGUGGCGGUUUGAAUAGUAGCGUGGAAGUAUUAGAGGAGCACCCGGAGCGUCAUCUUCUUCAGGGUCACGAUCUGGGACCCGAUUUAGAUGGUUUCGACCUUGCAGCAAGCCGUUGUGAGAGGAGAAUGAAAGUAUCGGGCCGUAGCCAUGGUGAGCUUCGGACCUGCUUGAAUAGAGUGCAGAGUGAUUCUGAUAUAUUUAUAUCUGAUGAAGUCCAGAGAUUCUCUCAUGAGCUGUUCGAUAAGGAAGAGGAUAAGUUUUUUCCCACUGUCGCAGCAAUGAAGGGCGUAGUUGCUGCAGUUACAGAUAUGCCCAUGUCAGGCCCUGAGCGUAGUGCCCAGAUUCCUGCAACUCCAAUGACAACAAUGCAGACCAAUUCCACCUCAAAUUUCGGGGAGACAGUAACUCCGUUAACGAAAAUCCGAAACAAAAUAGACUCCACUCUGGCGAAAGCCACCUCCAUACUGGAAAAACUGGCAACUUGGAGUUCCGACGCUGAGAGGAAAGUGCGAGAAGGCUAUUGGGAACCCAAGUGCUCUUCAAUCAUGGAGGAUCCUUCCGCGGUUGAUGGAUUCAAAACCCCUACUACGAAGGCGCUUAUUGCAAAGACGGUAGUCGACAGGGAUUUGCCCAGUGCGAAGAAGCCAAGAUUAACGCCAAAGCCCAUGAUGGACUCAGAAAAGGAAUUCAUUGUCUGUGAGGACUUGGAUAUCGUGUCCAAGGGCGACGCACCGGGUGCUAAGAAAGUCCGCACCCCAGGCGAAUCAAUAUCGGGAGUAUCGGACAAGGAAAAUCAGAGCGAGGUUUCAAGAAAGAUAAUCGGUCUCGGUAGGGAGAAAAAGAAGGGUAAUAAAUAUGAAGUUUUGAGAGACCUCUCCAUGAAUUCGUCCAAUGAGAAUGUGCAAGGCAUCGCUAAAGCGGGCACAGGUCAAGUUCGUCCCGAAGAAAUGAGUUGGCGGAAACUACGGGCUACCGUGAAAGAGAGGGUUAGGCAGAUUGAAGCGUUGAAGGAUUCGGAUACACGAACACACAAAUGCUGGAACAUGACAUUCUGAACUUUAAGGUAUCGUGCACUUCACAUUGACAGUAUUUCUUUUUUCUGAAUGGCUCUGAUUAGAUCUUGCACCGUGGAGGAUUGCGUGAAGUAUUGUGAGUAUAAACAAUAUUUCAACCUGAUCCCCAUUGCAGGUGAUGAAUUUCAGAACCCAGUUUUGCGCAAGGAAUGUAGAGGAAAUUAGGUGAAAAGUAACCGGCAGCAGUAGUUUAUGUCCCCAGGCAAGGAGAGUACAUAUGUACAUAGUACCUAGUUUAUUUGAUACGGUUCCGAUUCGUUAGAAAUACAUCCAACAACACCGAAUUUAAAGUAAAGUUGAUGGCCGAGUUGUUCACAGCAUCAAGUAGAAACUGAAGUUUCGAAAUGAUGGUAGGUAUUGUUGCAGUGAUCAUCUGUGGGCAAUGUUGGACUAUGCUAUGACAUGUGCAUUGUUCCAUCUCCACAUUUAAUGAGCAAUUCAUAUGAAAACCUCCAAUCCCGAGGUUGGGGAUUGAUUUACUCAA